GGCAAAUUGAGGCCAAGCAAAAUGAAAUUCUACUUGUUUCUGCUGAAACCCUUGGGAGUGAAUAUUUCUAUGAAUGAAUUUGCAAACCUUGUUCCUGCCUAUGCAUCUCUGAACAUCCAAAUGUUUAUAUUUCAAAUGUACAAUGAUUUGGCACAUUGUAUCAUUAAAACAUACAAUAAAUGUUCUGUUUGUAAUUGCAGGGAAUCUGAAGACACGGUGCUGAUGAUACUGAAAGAGACUUAUGCACUGAAAGGUAUAUCACCAAUAAAGCCUGGUAGUGACACUUCAAAGAAAACAGGGCCACCUCCUAUAGGACCAGGUGCAUACCCAAUGUCUGGAGGUCCCCCACAGGGGCCCCCAAUAUCUGGUGUUUCAGGACCACCUCCAAUGUCUCAAGCCCAGGGGUUCACACCCUCCACGAACUUUGAUUCAUCAUUUAAUAUGGGAGGACCCCCUCUGGACAGUAGUUUCACCCCCCAGGCUGCCUCAGGGCCUGUUGGACCACCCCCCAUGGCUGGAUUCAUGAGGAAACAAUAAUAAAACGCCGGCCAGGAGGAUUUACUCAGAAUUGGAAGCUAAUCCUGAAUUAGCAGCUGAUAUUGAAUCAAUAGCUAAUAUUGGAUUAGUAGCUAUUAUUGAAUUGGCUAACAUUUAUACUUUUAAAAUUAAAAUACUAAGUGUUAAUUCAGCAGUAUGCUUUUUACCAAUCUUUUUUCCCUAAUUCAGUUUGUAUUCCUUUGAUAACAUUGGGUCAAACUUUAUAUAUAAGCCAAGCUGGUUUAAACUUCAUAUGGGGCCUUUAAGUAAGAAAUCUUGAAGAUGAUAAAAAUUUGAAUUUUGAUUAGCUUCUAAUUCUGAAGAAGAGUUGGUUGUGGGAAAUGUGCAGUCAUUUAUGUAUUACACUGGAUAAGCUAGAAUAAGUAUAGUUUUUAUAAAACUAUCUAAAUACCUUGACAAAUUAUAUAUACAUGUAUUAUUCAUUUAUGGACAAUUUCUGGUGAAUAAUUAAGGAGAAAUCACUGUUGUAAAUUGGAUGUUGUUUAUUGUGAAUAACAGCUGUGUUACUGAUUAGACAUUGUUCACUCAGAGAAUUAUUACAUGUUACAUUAUUUAUGAUUACAUGUAACACAAUUGUCAUAGAAUACUUCUGAUAGUAUUUCUGGUGCAUGGAAUACUUUAAUAGCAUGUACUUCAACUCCAUUGUAAUAUAUGUUACUAGUACAGUAAAACCUGUACACAGUGAACACCUAUGGAUUCACAUAAUUAAUGCUAUUAUUAAUUGACCAAGAAAUUCCCCUUCCCGAUCUGAAUGUAUAUAUUAAAGAGGUAUAGUCAUACAUCUCCAAUUUUCUUAUCACUGAGAGUAGCUGUAUAGAAUUUAUUUAUAUUGAACUGUGAUCUGCAAAAUCAGAAUGGAUGUUUUAUAGAAAGGUUUGCCUUUUAUUAUUUUCCUUGCCUCUCCAUUUUGCUUGCCUUGGUUUUAGAGCUACCUACCGACAUGUAAUGUAUUUAUUUAUCAUAUUAAUUUAUCAUGCUAAUUAUAUUGAAUAUAAUGACAGUCUUUGGGUAAAUGUUUUGUUAGGAUUGUGUAUGCCAUUGAUUGCCGAUAAAUGAAUUGCAUGGAACUGCCUUAUAAAUAGUGUAUGAAUGGUGAGAAUAAAAUCUAAUUUUACCUAUACAAA